CGUUUUAUUGUACCAACUAAUUAGAGCACUAAAUACUGACAAUAUAAAUAUUUUUAUUUUCAUCGAAAUUUUUACGAGAUAAACAUGGAAAGUUUGGCAAUAACUUAUCAAGAUCUAAUUAGCUACCUUAUUAAAACGAAGAGCUUAGUUCCAGAGUCUUUUUACUUGGAGCAAAAUGGUAAACGUUUGCAAAGUGACCCCACUGAAGAUGUUCCAGUAUACAUUCGUUUCCGUUUAUUGGGUGGAAAAGGUGGGUUUGGUUCCAUGCUUAGGGCCAUUGGAGCACAAAUUGAAAAAACUACCAACAGGGAAGCUUGCAGAGACCUUAGUGGACGAAGGCUUCGAGAUAUUAAUGAGGAGAAGCGACUAAAAGCCUGGUUAGACAAACAAGGUGAAAGGGAACGCGAGGCAGAAGAGAGAAAGAAACGUAAAAUUGAAAAACUAUUAGCUGUUCCCAAACAUGAGUUCAAAGAUAAGGAAUAUGAAGAGGCACGUUCAAAACUAACUGAGAAAGUUUGUGAUGCAGUAGAAGAGGGUUUUAAAAAGGCUGCAACGAGUGGUCCAAAAGACAAUUUAAAACGCAAACAUGAGCCAUCAACUUCCCAACAGGCAGCAGCCAAAGCAAAAGCAAAAAAACCAGCCCUAUGGAUCGAUGAUGAUCUAUCGGGAGACUCCGAAGACAGCUCAGAUGAUGGCGACAAUAAUUCCCAUAAGGUCCCAAAAAAACGCAAUGAAUCUAAUCCCCCAGUUUCAAGCGACGCCAAUGAGAAGCCAGCAACGACUACGGAAACAUCUCCAGGUGAAGAAACGACGAGUUCGUCUGACUCGGAAUCCUUAUCUGUAGUGAGCAAAUAAAACUAUAAGCUAUUAUUAACGUACAUAUGAAUUUCAUUAAAAUUAUUGAAUAAACAUCCAAUUUCUUAAAUAUAAGAUAA